CGAAACGUGAAAUCACACCUACGGGCUGCGCAACCGUAUCUCACUUUCUUUACAUCCGAAAUCGGCGAAAUAAAUUUCAGAGUUUUUCUGUUUCAGAAAGCAGUAAAGAUUGUGAAGUCUCUCUCUCUGAUUCUCUCUCACUGUCAUUUUGCCGAAAAAAAAUACGGAGAUUACAGUGACAGAUAAAAAGAUUUAAAAAUCCUUCGAUUGGCUUUGCGUUUCGCCUCAGUCUGUGGAAGUUCUUUUCCGGGGAAGGUAGUGUCCAGAGGGCUGGCUGGCCAGCUUUGAAGUUCUUGAAUUGUUCCUUUAUCAUUUCAGAAAUGGGUUUCUUGCAGUAUUGAGAAGAAUUGAUGGAUCUGGAGUCCGGGUUUCCUCAGAAUCAUUCAAAGAGAGAAUCAUGGAGGGCAGUUUUGACAUUGGCAUAUCAGAGCUUGGGUGUUGUGUAUGGGGAUUUGAGUACAUCCCCAUUGUAUGUCUACAAGAGCACUUUUGCAGAGGACAUUGAACAUUCAGAGACGAAUGAAGAGAUUUUUGGGGUUCUUUCAUUUGUUUUCUGGACAUUGACUUUGGUCCCUCUUCUGAAAUAUGUGUUCAUAGUUCUCAAUGCUGAUGAUAAUGGUGAAGGGGGCACUUUUGCCUUGUAUUCUCUCCUGUGUAGAUAUGCUAGGGUUAGCUCACUCCCCAGUUGCCAGUUAGCAGAUGAAGAACUGUCAUUUUACAAGAAGGAUAUGUCUUCUCCUGCACAUUCUAGUGUUGGGUCAAGGCUAAAAUCGACUUUGGAGAGGCAUAGAGUGUUGCAGAGGUUUCUUCUUGUAUUGGCUUUGGUUGGAGCUUGUAUGGUUAUUGGUGAUGGCAUUCUUUCUCCUGCUAUUUCUGUUUUUUCUGCAGUUUCAGGUUUGGAGCUUGCUAUCUCUAAAGAGCAUAACAAAUAUAUAGAGGUUUCGGUAGCUUGUCUCAUCUUGAUAGUGCUGUUUUCCCUUCAACACUACGGCACACACAGAGUUGGAUUUUUGUUCGCUCCGGUGGUCAUAACAUGGCUUCUAUGCAUAAGCGCAAUCGGUUUGUACAAUAUAAUCCAUUGGAACCCUCGCGUGUAUCAAGCAUUGUCUCCACACUAUAUGUACAAGUUCUUGAAGAAGACUCAAAGAGGAGGCUGGAUGUCCUUGGGUGGAAUUCUCUUGUGCAUUACAGGUUCCGAAGCCAUGUUUGCUGAUCUCGGGCACUUCUCCCAAUUAUCGAUACAGAUUGCUUUCACGUGCCUGGUUUACCCAUCACUGGUCCUUGCAUAUAUGGGACAAGCCGCUUAUAUGUCGCAGCAUCACAUUAUCGAAAGUAACUAUCGUAUUGGCUUUUACAUUUCUGUCCCUGAGAAGCUGAGAUGGCCUGUUCUGGUAAUCGCUAUUCUGGCUGCUGUUGUGGGGAGCCAAGCCAUAAUCACGGGCACGUUUUCGAUCAUCAAACAGUGUUCGUCUCUGGGGUGCUUUCCAGGUGUCAAAAUCGUACACACUUCGUCAAAAAUACACGGCCAGAUUUACAUUCCUGAGAUCAAUUGGACUUUGAUGAUACUGUGUUUGGCUGUUACUAUUGGUUUCCGAGACACUAAGCGACUCGGCAAUGCUUCGGGUUUGGCUGUUAUAACGGUAAUGUUGGUGACAACGUGUUUGAUGUCGUUGGUGAUUGUUCUGUGUUGGCACCAGAGCGUCUUCGUUGCUAUCGGCUUUGUAGUGUUCUUCGGGGCCAUCGAAGCCCUAUACUUCUCGGCCUCCCUCAUCAAGUUCUUGGAAGGGGCGUGGGUGCCCAUCGCCAUGGCAUUCGUCUUCAUGAUGGUCAUGUGCGCUUGGCACUACGGGUUGCUCAAGAAGUACGAGUUCGACGUGCAAAACAAGGUCUCCGUCGAUUGGCUCCUCGGCUUGGGCCCCACGCUCGGGAUCGUGCGCGUCAACGGCAUCGGGCUAAUCCACACCGAGCUCGUGGCCGGCAUCCCGGCGAUAUUCUCCCACUUCGUCACCAACCUUCCCGCGUUCCACCGCGUGUUGGUCUUCCUAUGCGUCAAGUCCGUCCCGAUCCCCCACGUCAAGAACGAAGAGCGGUUCCUCGUGGGCCGCAUCGGCCCGCGCGAGUACCGGAUGUAUCGGUGCAUCGUCCGGUACGGGUACCGGGACGCGCACAAGGACGACUCCCACUUUGAGAACGACCUCAUUUGUAGCGUCGCCGAGUUCAUCCGCGCCGGAGGGAACGGAGGGCCCGACCCCGACGAGAGAAUGGCGGUGGUAGGGACCCCUUCGACCUACCCCAGUGGGGUCCACGUUUACGAACACGACGAAAACGAUAGGAGGGAAGGCAACCCCUCAUCCUCUUCCUCCUCCUCCACGUCAUCACUCGGAGCAUCAGAGCUGCGGGAGAUAACGACGGCGAGGAAGAGGGUGCGGUUCGUGGUCCCGGAGUCGCCGAGAAUCGACAGGGCGGCGCGGGCCGAGCUGCGGGAACUGAUGGAGGCGCGGGAGGCCGGGGUGGCCUACAUCCUAGGACAUUCUUAUGUGCAGGCCAAGCAUGGGUCUAGCCUUGUGAAGAAGAUUGUCAUAAAUUUUGGGUAUGAGUUCUUGAGGAGGAAUAGUAGAAGACCUGGGUAUGCUUUGAGUGUACCCCACGCGUCUACUCUGGAGGUGGGAAUGGUUUAUAAUGUCUGAUUUUUUUUUUGGCUAUACAUACACACACAUACAUAUAUCCUACAAAAUAUACACUAUAUAUAUGUAGAGAGAAAAAAAAAGGUUGGUAACAAAU